AUGAGCCACUUCGAGGAUAGCAUUCGCUACGGCGGAGCUGCUAACGAGACCGACGGCGAGGUUUUCUGAGACAAUGAUGAUCAAACUACGAUUUUAACUCGGAUUUUUCAGGAUGCUAAGCGCAAGGCCGAGGAGAGAGAGGCCAAGAAGGCUGAGGUCCGCAAGCGUCUCGAGGAGGCCGGACAAAAGAAGCAGAAAAAGGGAUUCUUGACUCCGGAGAGAAAGAAGAAGCUGAGAGUGAGAAAGGAAAGGGUUCGAAUAACGCUAUUCUUUUUUCUUUUCAGAAGCUUCUCAUGAUCAAGGCCGCUGAGGAUCUGAAGAGACAGCAGCUCUUGAAGGAACAGGAGAGAAUUAAGGUUCUCACCGAGAGAACUCCCGCUCUCCCGAACGUCGACUCCAUUGAUGAUCAUGGUAGAUCAGCAUAAGCCUUUCUUAGAGGAUCCCAAUCAUUUCAGCCAAACUCUUGUCUAUCCAUGACACCUUUUUCGCCCACGUCUGUGCCCUUGAGGAAGAGCGGUAUGACAUCAACUACGUCACCACCGAAACGGAAACUUGCAUCAACCAACUCAACAUUGAGGUCAACGAUCUCCGAGGAAAAUUGUGAGUUCCGCCUUCACUUCCUCUUAUGAUAGUCACCUGCUGAGCACAAAUCUUAAUACGUAUUUGUAUGAUUUUAGCGUCAAGCCUUCCCUCAAGAAGGUGUCGAAGUACGACAACAAGUUCAAGAAAAUGGCCGAAGCCAAGAAGGAGGAGACCAAAAACUUGAGAACAAACCUCAAGACCGUCAAAAAGGAGAGUGUUUUCACUCAAAUCGCCAAUAAGGUUCAGUUUUGAUAACUCUUAAAAAUAAUUAUGGGAACAAAGCUUACUUCAGAAGAAGUCUGACAAGCCAGAGUGGUUGAAGAAGAAGGACGAGAAGAAGGAGGAAGUCGCCCCUGAGCCAGUCGCCGAGCAAGUUGAGGAAGAUGAACUCGCCGAGGUUUCCGAGGAAGAGUCCGAUGAGGAGUAA